AUGUUACAGCGUGGUAACAUGGUGACACGUUUAAAUCGUGCCGAUCAAGGAGUCCGGUGGAGAUGGGGCAGCCACGGGAGUCCGCUCUCCCGCCGAGCCUGCCACGAUCGCAGCCACAGCCACAGGGGCUACAGUCACGCCGGAUACAAUCACAAUCACAUUCACAAUCACAAUCACUAUCACAAUCACCAUCCCAAUCAUCAUCACUAUGACCGACGCCUGCUGCUCGGCGUGCUCCUCCUCUCGUUCCUCUCCUUGCGGCAUGCUGUGGCUCGAGAUGCAGACGGGGUUCACGAGGCUCAGGAGGCUCAGGAGGGUCGGGAGGGUGAGGAUGGCAAGGCGCGGCAGGAGGCCCUGUUGGGUCGCGUGCAGCAGUUCGAGCGAUCACUUUCCAAGCAGCUCCAAAUGGAGCGCCGGUCUGCAGUGAGAGCAUCAGCAGCGCCGUUCAACCGCACGCUCCACACGGCAGCGCUGCCCUCCAUCAUGCUCGACUACUACGAUCAGCAGCCCCACCUCGGCCCGCACCUGCGGUGCCGCGGGCCCCCCUGCCCCAAGUUCGGCCAUUGUGGGCCAUCCUUCCCGCACCAACGUUCCAGCUCGCAUUUAACCAGGCUUCUUUCUUCCGCUACUGACCCGCGCCGUGUCUUCCCCGCGGGCCUGCUCAACUGCCCGCGCCUGCAGCCCGUGGAAGAUGUGGGGAAGCUGCGGCGGCCAUGGGAUUUCAUUGACCCGCAGUGCUCACACCGCCGGGAUGUGAACCCGCGAGAUGCCACCGCCAUGCAGGUGUUCAAGAUGAGCGACGUGUACUCGGCGUUCGGGGGAUACGUGUUCAACUUGACGCAUCGCUUCAACCGCAACGGCUGCAAGCGCUUCCUCAAGACGACCCUCACUCCCAACAUGACAGUGUACCACUUAAAGCAGGUGUUCAACUGGGACUACCGCCAGGCGGGCAACUUCUACCAUUUCAUCAUCGAGGCCGUGCCGCUGCUCUACGCCGCUGCACGCCUCCUGCCCUCGCUGCUGCCUAACAUCCCCAUCGCCGCCAAAGGCGACCAGUGGGAGGUGUACAACCAGAUAGGGCUGCCCAUAGUGGGUGUGCCUCGAGAGGAGAUGUGGACCAUUCGAGUGCACGACUGGGAGAUUAUACACGCCGACACCAUGUACCAGCCCAUGGCGCAGACGUGUGGCGGCCCCAACAAGGCCCUUUGGACGCAUCUGCGCAGCCACCACCUGCUGCCGCCCAGGGGGCUGCCGCUCUUCCACCGCAACUGGACGCUGCGCUCCGUGCCGCCGUUCGCCCACCGGGACAUGGCGGCGCUGCCGCGCAACUGGGUGGUGGUGCUGGGAAGGCGGCCAAUGGCGAAGCGCGCGCUGGUGAACUGGGACGGGCUGAGGGACGUCGUGUACGAGAGCUUUGAGGGGUUUGGGAGAAAGAGAAUCGUGGUGUUUCAAGGAGACCUGCGCAUCAUGGAAGGUAAUGUGUGCUUGGGUGGUUACCCCACACAUCCCACCUGUAUGCUGGAAGUUGCAUGGGGGUGCAUGUUGGAGAUGUAA